AGACUUUGUGAUUUUCCCGGAUCGCAUAGCCACGCAAACCAAACAUUGGCCUUCUCCGAAAAUGCCGUACUAUUCCAGGGCUGAUGCGGACGCCGUCGACGAUUUCGACGAGUACGAUCCAACGCCAUACGGCGGUGGCUACGACAUCCACAUGACCUUCGGCCGCCCGAUUCCUCCCGGCGACGACACCUGCUACCCAAUGGGCCGCUCCGCCUCCGACGAGAUCGACUACGACCGUCCUCACUUCUCUUCCCACUCGGAGCCCUCCGCCUACGGCCACGACGCUCUUACCUCCGAGUACAGCAGCUACUCCCGUCCUAAGCCCCGACCUGGCCCCGCUUACGGAUCUGGCGGCGGUGGAUCGGGCUACAACGGGCGUAAUCAGGAAUCUGAAUAUGGAUCGGAAUACGGUCGCCGGAGUGAAUCGGAGUAUGAAGGCGGUGGUGGGUCUGAAUCUGGAAGGCGAAAGCAGGGAUAUGGGGAGGAAGGUGAAGUUUAUGAGAGGCGUCACGACACGGCCGAGUAUGGCUCUGGAGGUUACCGGAGGCAGGAUAGCUCCGAGAAGCCUGGUUACGGGAGGCGCCGCAAUGACGAUGACGACGAAGGCUAUGGCCGCAAGAAAUAUGGAGAUAAUGACUCUGGUGAGGAUGACGACGAGAGGAGGCAGCAUCGCUAUAAGCAUCACCACCAUCGCCGCAAUGAUGAAGAUGAAUGAUCGAUUGAUCAGCCACCUGUUACGACUAUAUAGAGAGAGCCAUGUCUGCGCGACACUUCUCCAUCUAGUACUAAAUAAACAAGAGUGUUAGAAAGGCAUAGUUUAUCUCUGGAAUUGGGUGUUAUAUGGAGUAUUGUUUCUGUUUGUCAUAUGGGAGUAUGAAUGUGUUGUUUUCCUUUCUUUCCUAAGCUUUUAAGCCCUAAAUUAACUAUUAUGAAUUAUCAGCCCAAGCUUGUGGACUGGUGUAUUGUUUCCUUCCAAAGGAGUACUAUCAAAAUAUAUGAAUUAUGAAUGGUUCUGUAUGGUCUCUUUGUGCUUUUGAAGAGAUGAACCAUACUGUGACAUUUUAUAUGCUAUAUAGUGAUCAAGCUCGCUCGCUCAAUUGGAUUUCAACUCAGACUUGGAGUAGAACAAAAGUUAGGAUCUUGA